AUGACGUCACAUCAAACGGAUUUAGAUGCCGAGCAGGAGCAGCAGCUAAAAACUAUUCCUGGACAACCUGUUAAAGACUACCCAGUGCACGAUUUUAUUCCAAAAACUGCUUUUAGUUGCCAAGGACGAGAACCCGGUUACUAUGCCGACCAGGAAGCUAAUUGUCAGGUUUUUCAUGUGUGUGGUACAGCCGCACACAAGACAUCCUUUCUGUGUCCAAAAGGCAGUAUUUUUAACCAAAGGCAUCUGGUGUGCGACUGGUGGUACGAUUUUGAUUGCCAUUCUGCUUCUGAUUUCUACAUCACUCCUGCUCCAGUUUUCUUAGAAAUUAUACCGUCUGGUGAUUUAUUCCUUGUUGAUGAUGGAAAUCAUCCAGGACAAUUGGAUGCUACUGGAUAUGAUUUGCAGGUUGCUCAUUCUGGCGGAAACCAAGGACCCCGCGAUAAUCUUGCAGAUCCCCAACAUCAACUCGAACCCAAUCUCGUCAAUCAGAAUGGAUCCAAUUUCGACACCAGGAGUCCAAAUAGCGCACACGACAAAAACGUCCAGAUUACCGAUGAUAGAAGACAACAGCAGCAGCAAUUUCCUGUAAACAGACAAAAUAAUUAUCAGGACAACAGAAACUUCAACUCCAGAUUCGACGAUAAUAGAAGAAACCAAGGUGGUAAACGUCAUCCUGCUUCUGGAGGCGUGGACUUGGAGGAACUAAAGAGGAAUGAAGAAGCUAAGAGGUUUGAAGCUUUGGAAGCCAAUAGAAGAGCUGAAGAAGAUAAGAGAAGAUUUGAGGAGAACAGAAGAUUGGAGCAGAGUAAGAACAAUGAUUUGGGAGUUCGUAGACCGGAUGAAAAUAUAAGGGGUAAAAACGUGGAUGGUCAAAGAUUUAACGCUGGAGCCAAUCAGGAGAACGUUUUUUUGAAUCGGCAGAUUUUGGAUGAUGGUAGGAAGAAUGUUCCAAAUCAAAAUGAACAAAUUGGUCAAAGGAAUAAUAGUACGGGAGCGGCAUAUGGAACUUUAUACAAUGGUGAAGCUGAAAAAAUUAAUUAA